AAUUAAUAACUCGCCUGCUCGUUCGGUGACAAGUUGGACUUCAGUGUUAGCGGGUGCACAAUUCAACACUGCUUGCUCAAUCUUUGCACAUUAGCCCUGGCAUCCUGUCACGCGCCAGCACCGUCAUGUUCGGCGCUGAGUGGGUAUCCAAACUCCUAUGGAGCGCUUUAGCGAUUCUAAUAGUCUACCUGUUCCGAGUGAACCAACUACUUAGUCGAACACCGGACGAGGUGCGGAAGCGUUCGGGUCCACGCUGGACGCCAGAUCAGCUCAAAGAAAUGUACCAAAAGUUAAAAGACGAGCCAAUCGACUACACGGAUAAGCUCCCGCCAAAGCUAGACCGUCGCUACAUUGUGACGGGCGGUUCGGGUCUCGUGGGCGGCUAUAUCGUCCUCCAGCUAUUGGCUAGGGGCAGCCCCCCGGAGAGUAUCCGCAUUGUCGACAUCCGGAAAACGGAGCGGAACGACAUGCGCACGGGGCCGGCGACCGAAAUCGAGUUCGUGCAGGCCGACAUCACGUCGGUGGAGUCUGUCGACGCCGCUUUUACGCGUCCUUGGCCUGCGGCUGUCGCGCAGCUCCCGCUAACGGUGUUCCACACCGCGGCUGUCAUCCUAGCUUCCGAGCGGUCUGGGUUCCAGCACGCGUUCCCGGAAGCCGUUAAUGUGCGAGGCACGCGGAAUGUUCUGGACGCUGCACGCCGCGCUGGCGCGGAUAUCUUCAGCUCCACAUCGUCCGGGUCCAUCUGCAUUCGGCCUGUUGAGCCCUUCGUCGUGCCUUGGGCCCGUGAACCACGGCACUACUGGCAGAUCUUGGACACUGUGGAUUUCGAUGAGCCGCUAAGGAGGCGCGAGGGGUAUUUUGCCAAUUACCCUGCUACGAAAGCGGUGGCGGAGAGGCUGGUCUGCGGUGCAAGCAGCCCGAGCUUUCGUACGGGCUGCAUCCGUCCCGCAAAUGGCGUCUAUGGGAACCCGACAGAUAACACAGUCGGCGACCCUCUGAGCAGAAGAAUCCUGCCAAGCUGGGUUCAGCAUAUUGCCCAGAGCUUCGUACAUGGCGCUAAUGUGGCGAUUGCGCAUUUACAACACGAGGCCGUGCUAGCGUUCCCAGGGCCCGAGAGCACCAGGUACGCGGGUCGACCAUUUGUCGUGACGGACCCGAACCCACCGAUUACCUAUAAUGAUCUAUAUUCAGCGAUCGCGACCUUGUCGAUUCACUCUUUUAAUAUCAUAAGAGUCCCGCCGGUCUUCAUGCUCCUACUUUCCCACGUGGUCGAGAUCUACGCCGAACUGCUUUACAAGCAUCCAAUCUUACGGAGAUUUCUGCCCGAGCUGACGGGUGACAUCAAACACCUCAAACCUGGGAUUUUUUCAAUAUGCACACAUUUGAUUGCGGAUGAUAAGGAGGCUAGGAAACCGGUCUCGCAGGGCGGAUUAGGAUACUCCGGUGUCCUCACGACGCUUGAGGGGAUGACGUUGGAGAUUUUGGAGUGGAAUAGGGAGCAUGUGGAUGAUGAUAAGAUUAGAAAGGCGUACACGACGUCGAUCUCGCUUGCGGAACAGAUUCAGAAGCUCUGGGCGGUAGCAGGCAGCUAAUUCUGACUCUAAUUCUGUCUUGAGCUGAGACGCGGAUCAAGAAAGAUCAAUGCUGAUCGUGUCCCAGUAGUACGCAUAGCUCUCUGAUAAUACUCCGUAGCGUGUAUGGUAUCCAUGGAUGCUGAGUGCGUAUCGGCACCCUUUCUAAUCAUUUAAUCAUUCCACCUGAAAUGAGAAUUGAUGAGCUAUGACCGUCUACCAGAAUAAGAAUCCCCAUCUGUGCGUAGGUGGCACUGCUUGCGGUCAAAUCCGGUCCUAUUUCCGUAUUGGCUGAUACUGAUUUAUGCGUAGGCAAGUUGUAGUUAUAUAAAUCGGGAUAAUCGAUGAAAGUAUACUAUGCCGUACUUCGUGUUUGUAGUUGAGUUCAUCAAGAUAUCGGGCCCGAGUUCCUCGUGUUAUUCUUGGCUAUCGUAACCCCCCUUCUUUUGAUUUUAUUUCAUUGACUAAUCGAACAUUGAAUAGCAAAUAAAAAGUAGAUUUAUCAUGUCUCAUAGGUGCGAACCACUUUUGAUGAAUGAUAGCCUAUCAAUUAUAAAUAAACCCCGCGGAUUCUUU